GGUGUCUUGAGUUUCCAAAUCAAACUGAUUUUCCCUUGACCAGCAAAGCAAAAGGAAAAAAAAGAAAAAAAAAGGUUCUGGAGAUAAAAACCAUGGGAGAAGAGGUGUCGAUGAUGAGUAUAGCAGAAAAGGAAACAUCAGCAGACAUGAAAAGAACACACUUUGUGUUGGUUCAUGGUAUUGGUGGAGGAGCGUGGUGCUGGUACAAAAUCAGGUGUCUCAUGGAGAACUGUGGGUACAAGGUUUCAUGCAUCGAUCUCAAAGGUGCCGGCAUCGAUGGAGCCGAUGCCGGUUCUAUUCUGUCUUUUGAUGAUUAUAACCAGCCUCUCAUGGACUUCAUGUCUGCCUUGCCUGAUACUGAAAAGGUGAUAUUGGUAGGUCAUAGUGCUGGAGGGUUAAGUGUAACGCAAGCCACUCACAAAUACCCCAACAAAAUCCGUCUGGCGGUUUAUGUUGUGGCCACCAUGCUGAAAUGUGGCUUCUUGACUGAUGAAGAUGUCAAAGAUGGAAUACCAGAUUUAUCCCAAUUUGGUGAUGUGUACGAGCUAGGAUUUGGAUUGGGAGCGGAGCAGCCUCCGACCAGUGCCAUUGUUAGAAAGCAAUUCCAACGUAAAAUCAUCUAUCAAAUGAGCCCGCUGGAGGAUUCGACUCUAGCGGAGAUGCUUUUACGGCCGGGACCGAUCCUAGCACUGAGGAGUGCUCGAUUCAAAGAAGGCGAGUCGGUGGAGAAAGUGGGGCGUGUAUACAUUAGGACAAUGCAUGAUAAUGUUAUAAAACCGGAGCAGCAGGAGGCAAUGAUAAAGAAAUGGCCGCCAUCUCAAGUGCAUGCUUUGGAUAGCGAUCACAGUCCCUUUUUCUCUGCCCCCUUUUCACUCUUUGGCUUGCUCCUUAAAGUUGCAGCAACUUCGGGUGGAUGUAACUAAGCUCAUUCAUGUGUUGCUAUUUCUUAGAAUGUGAACCCAAUGAGUAAAUCACAGAACCUUAUGAACAAAGCUUGUUCAUGUAUGAA